UCCGCCACACCGCCGGCAGCACCCGUCCGAAUGGCAGCACGCUGACAUGGGGAACGAACACGGCAAGGAGAUCGACCACAGCGACCAUGACGGCGAGUACGGCCACUUCAGCCGGGUGACGCGGCGACAGGUGCGCUUCUUCGUGCGCGCCGACAGCACGGCCGCCGUGGCGCUCACCUCCGGCGAUCACGUGACCGAUGAUCUGUACGAGGUGCACUUGGGGACGGACGGCAACUCGCGGUGUUUUAUCAGCCGCAACGGCGACGAGGUGGCGUCGUGCGACACGCCCGACAUACUGGAUGGCGGGGAGCUGCGCGGCUUCUGGGUCCGCUGGAAGCCGCACCACGGCCGCCUGCUGGUGGGCCGCGACGGCGAGCGCUUCCCCUUCAUGACGCACACAGACGACGCGCUGCUGCCCAUCACCCACUACGCCAUCCGCAUUGAGACCGGAGGCAGCGGCAGCUGGAACUUCCCGGAUGAGGACGAGUUCAGCACCUCGUCCUCGUCCUCGUCUAGCGACGAAGACGCCGCGGAGAUCAAGACGAACUCAGAGCCACGCUUCCGUAACCCGGCGCGCUGGAAGUGGGCGCGGGACGGCCACGUGCCGGACCACGGCGUUGUCUCCGGCGAGGGCAACGAGGGCACCGAGUUCGUGGGCCGCGCCUACCACGACGGAGCGCUCUGCAUCGGUCGCAUCGUGCACGACCACAAGACCUGCUACAUCCCCUACUACGGCGAGGAAGUGGCCAUCGACACGUAUCAGGCGCUGGUGAAGACCAACGAGCGGCUGGAGUGGGUGGACGCCAGCGACGGCGAAGUACCGCGCGGCGCGCUACAAGGCGGCUACAACAAGGACAGCCAGCCACUGUUCGUGGCACGUGCCGAACACGAUGGAAACUGGUGCUGUGGACAUCUGAACCCGGACCACGGCACGGUGUACGUGCCGUACGGCGGCCAGGAGCACUCGCACCACCAGUACCAGGUCCUGUGCGCCACCACCGUCAACCUGCGCUGACCCGCCGGCUGACCCGGCGACCGGGCUGGCCGGCCGUGACGUCGGCCCGCCUGGCGCCGGAGCACUGCCCGGGUCGGCGCUCUGUUUGCCGCCCACGAAGGUCGCUGACGCCGGAAGCGCCCUGGCCAUGAAUGAAAUAGAAUAUAAAUAGGAUGACGAA